AGGACAUCCUUUCCUCAUCAUGAUAGAUUGAAAAUACUGAUAGACGUGGAGAACGCACUAGACACUGAGACUGUCGACACUGAAAACAUGGUAGAUCAAGGCCCUUCAGACACUAAAAUAGAAACUCUACCAGAUAGUGCUCAGAACUACUUCGGCUCGCGAGACUUUAGCCAUCUCAAGUUGAAGGAGAAUCAUCAGAACCGUCCGUUGUGGAUUGAUCCGAUAAAGAGGACAAUAAUUCUCGAACAAUUUCAUCCAUAUGCCAAACAAGCGACCGAGUUUCUGAUUACCAUUGCAGAACCAUCGUCUCGGCCUGCCUUUAUCCACGAAUACUGCUUGACAGCCAACAGCCUGUAUGCUGCUGUGUCUGUUGGGCUGGAUACUGAUGAUAUUAUUCAAUAUCUUGAUCAAUUUCUAAAAGUGGAUAUUCCGGAUACCAUCCGAUCGUUUAUUAGAUCAUGCACGGAAAAUUGUGGCAAGGUGAAACUUGUCUUGAAAGCAAAUCGAUAUUAUAUGGAGAGCGUGGACCGUGUCUUACUCGACGAACUCUUCAACGAUGAAAUUAUCGUCAAGCUUGGAAUUGGGUCCCCUUUUCUCAACGUAAAUUCAACUCUAAGUAACUCUACCGACGACAAUGUACAAGUUGCGUCGGGGGGUCUACCAGCCCUGAGCCAAGGAACUGAACAAGCUACAUCUACCAGGGUCGCUCUAUUUGACUUACUUACUGGCAAUGAUGACGAUGACGACGGAGAACAUAGAGCAGCAUAUGCAUAUGAGAUACCGGAUGAAGCUGUCGAAGCCCUACAAAAACGCUGCUUAGACUUCGGGUUUCCCCUGCUGGAAGAAUAUGACUUUCGACGGGAUUCUGCAAAUCCUGAUCUAGAUAUUGAUCUACGGCCACAGACUCUCAUUCGCCCUUACCAAGAAACUGGACUUGGUAAGAUGUUUGGCAACGGUAGAGCCAGGAGUGGAAUUAUCGUACUGCCAUGUGGCGCAGGCAAGACUUUGGUCGGCAUCACCGCAGCUUGUACCAUUAAAAAGGGUACUAUUGUUCUAUGCACGAGCUCAGUUUCCGCAGUCCAAUGGCGGCAAGAGUUUCUAAAGUGGUCGAAUAUCAAGCCAGAAGACAUCACGCUCUUCACUGCGGACAGCAAGUCAACGUUUGCCGGCGACACUGGGAUAAUUGUCUCUACGUAUGCCAUGAUGGCGAAUGGUCAGGGACGGUCGCAUGACUCACAACAAAUGAUGGAUUUUCUAAAAGACCGCGAAUGGGGUCUCAUGAUAUUAGACGAAGUCCAUGUUGUUCCAGCCAACAUGUUUCGAAGAGUAACGUCGUCCAUCAAGUCGCAUUCAAAAUUAGGUCUUACAGCCACGCUCGUGCGCGAAGACGACAAAAUAUCCCAUCUCAACUUCUUGAUUGGACCAAAGCUCUUCGAAGCAAACUGGAACGAACUUUCUCAGCAAGGACAUAUCGCCAAAGUCCAGUGUGCAGAAGUAUGGUGCGCGAUGCCAUCCGACUUUUUAGAACAAUACCAACAAGCACCAUCGCAUACGAAGCGAACACUCAGCACCAUAAAUCCGGAGAAGUUUCAAGCGUGCCAAUAUUUGAUUGAGAAACAUGAAGCAAGGGGAGACAAGAUUAUUGUCUUUUCUGACGAUUUAUAUUCUCUGAGACAAUAUGCCUUGAAGCUCAACAAGGCUUUCAUCUGCGGCGAAACCGGACAAGAGGAGCGACUGAGGGUUCUAGAGAAUUUCCAGAAGAAUCCCUUGGUGAACACCUUGUUCUUAUCCAAGGUGGGAGAUACAUCUUUGGAUCUGCCCGAGGCGACUUGUCUCAUACAAAUUUCUUCUCACUACGGAUCGCGGCGACAGGAAGCCCAAAGACUUGGGCGUAUCCUUCGAGCCAAGCGACGAAAUGAAGAAGGAUUUAAUGCGUUUUUCUACUCUCUUGUAUCUAAAAACACACAAGAGAUGGUAUACUCGGCAAGAAGACAAGCAUUCCUUGUGGAUCAGGGUUAUUCGUUCAAAGUUAGUACUCGAUUGGCUGGCCUGUCGUCCAUGCCCAAUUUGGCUUUCAGCUCCGCGGAGGAAAGGGGACAACUUCUCAAAGAGGUGAUGGCUCAUAGCAAAAUUUCUACUAGUGAGCAAACUGAGGCAGCUGUUGGAACACGUAUCUCUGGAAAGCCAGCAGACAAGAGGAAAAGGAAGCAAAACCCUUUCUUUCAAAAGAUUGCCCGUGAAGAGAAACGACGGGGACGUCAGGAAUGAGUACUCUUACAGAUGCGCUGUCAAGCUUUUCCACGGCUAGAAUAAUACUCUAAGGGCCUAAAAGUUUAGAUUAUGAAACAUUCUUAAAAAAAAAAAUAAAAAAUCAAUCUAUGAGGAAGCGAGCCAUUGUGUUUUGGUACCAAAAAGG